AUGAGCGACUUCAGUGCGCUGCUUCAGCAGUUCGGGGGACGGCCUGCGGAGGAAGACGCCCAGGACAAGGACCCCUUCAUGGCGCUCCUGUCGCAGACCACGGCGUCCCCCGCCCACGCAGCGGCGACCCCGGCCGCGGGCAACGGAGCCCAGGCAACCCCAAGCUCUCAGGGCGGCGCCCCGGCCCCGGAAGCGCACGGCGUGGAGCUGUCAGACGGCGACGAGCAUUUCUACGAUGUGGAGCGGGCGCUCGUGGGCGGGAAAGCGCCGCACCAGCUCUUCGUGUCGCCGGUGACGCGCAUGAAGUACGAGGCCGCUUUGACCCGUGCGAAGCUCAUUGCCGUGGACGAACAGUGGAUCUGCUACGCGCUGAAGGGAGGAUCGGUCCGCAUCCUCGACAAGUCCACCGCCGCGAAGGGAAUCAUCAAGCCCGCCGACGGCACGCCGGCCGUGACGGACCUCGCGCUCCUCGCGCCGCUGAACGCCACCUUCCAGCCGCCGCGCCUCGUCGUCGCCCGCCACGGCUCCGUCGAAAUCCACACCCUCGGCAUGUCGCCUGAGUCGGGCACGGUGGGCACGACGCUCGAGCACCGCUACCUCGUCGACGGCGACGGCCACCCCGACUACCCCAAGGUCGCCGUCUGCGCCUCGGAGACCCUCCUGCUGAUCGCGGUCGGGGACGCCCUCUGGCGGUUCGACAUGACUCAGUCGGACCGCUCCGGCGCGACCUCGCGGCUGCGCGACCACGCGCCCGUCCACGCGCCCGCACGCAUCGUCUCGAUCGACGUCAUGGAGGAGGGGGAGUGCGCCGUGCUCGGGUGCGCGACCGGCCGCGCCGUCACCGUCAAUCUGAGCGUGGUCGCCCCCGCCAGCAUUGCGGACAUGAGGGUCGCGGACGUGACAGCGGCGGCGGACGGAGAACUGGACAGCGUGAGCUGGCUGGGCCACGGCAUGCUCGCUCUCGUCUCGGCGCGCCGCGGGACGAAGCUCGGCCUGCAGGACAUGGCCACUGGCGCCGUGCACGCCGUGCUGACGUUGGGCAAGGCGGGCGCCGCGGACGCGAGCCUGUUCUACAACCACGUCUCGGUCGCGAAGGAGGACCACCUCGUGCUGGUCGUGAACGCCCUGCGAGGGGAGGUGUUUGCCGUCAGGUUCGCGACGGACCGCGUGCGCUUCACUGACGUGGCGCAGUUCCGCAUCACGCAGCCCAUCCUGUCGAUGCACGUCCGCCGCGACGCCCCGCUCACCGACGGCGACGUCGAGAAGACCCUGCACGUCUGGGCCGUCCAGCAGGUCGGCAUCCAGCAGUACGAGGUCAACCCCGUGGCCUGUCGCCGCAACCCCGCGCUGCCCGCGGUCCGCGCCGGGCACGCGCCGCCCGCAACGCCGGCGCCGGCGCCGGCGCGGCCGACGCCGAGUCCGCAGCGCUCCGAGCCGGCGCGCACGCCGGUCGCCGCGCCGGCGCCGGUCAUCUCGGCGUCGCCAGCGCACGCGCAGACGCCGGUCGCGCCGCCCGCCGGCGACACGAGCCUCUCGACGGUGCUCGCGGCGAUCGAGGCGCAGGCGGCGCGCACCGCCGCGAUGGAGUCCCGGCUGCUCGUCGCCGUCGAGGCGAAGAUCCGCGAGGGCUUUGAUCAGGAGCGGCAGCGGCUGCAGGACGCGACGACGCGGGCGCUGGAGAGCGUCUCGCGGGCGGUGCGGAAGGAGGUGCCCGUGGAGCUUGCGGCGGCGAUGGAGCGGGAGCUCGGCCGGCUCGCGUCGCGCGUCACGCCCGCGGUGUCCAAGGCGAUGCAGGACGUCAUGCAGCAUGGCGCGGGGGGCGCCGGGGGCGGCAAGGGCGCGAAAAUGGACGCGGCGAGCAAGGAGGAGAUCGAGCGCGAGGUGAAGCGCGCGGUCGGGGACGCGGUGCGGUCGCAGUUCGCGGAGAGUCUCGUGCCGGCGCUGGAGUCGGCGACGCGCGAGGCGCUGGGGCAGGUGUCGACGGCGCUGUCCGGGUCGAUGGAGGGCGCGUCGAAGGCGCUGUCGGGGGCCGCGCGCGCGAUCGAGUCCGGCGCGCAGGCGUCGACGAGCGCGGUGGCGUCGGCGGUGAGCGACAUUCAGGCAGCGACAAGCAACCUGGGCGCCGCUGCGGCGAACCUGGCCGCGCAGGCGUCGACGCUCGCGGCCUCCGGGGCCGCGGGCGCGGGUGCGAGGGCGCCGCGGGACGCGCGGGAGGUUGUGCGGGAGCUGGCGGCGGCUGGGGACGCGGAGGGGGCGUUGCAGACUGCGGUCGACUCCGGGGAGCCUGACGUGGUGCUGGAGGCGUGCAAGGCGCUGGGGACGCCGAUGGGAACGGUGCUGGAGGACGACGGCACGCCGCGCGUGCCGCACGCGCUGCUGCUGUCGGUGGUGUCGGCGUUGGGGGGGGAGUUUGGCGACAGCGACACCCCGACGCGGGUCGAGUGGAUGCGGGAGUGUGCGCUGGCGCUGGACGCGGGCAGCCUGGACCUCAAGGAGAUCAAGGAGAAGCUCGGGCCCGUGCUGAGGGCGCUGCAGGACGCGGCGCACAAGAUCACAGGCGCCGACGCCACGCAGUGCCGGCUGCUGCUCCACGUCAUCAACAGCGUGUUCCACCCGCCCGGGCGGUAG